GUCUUUGCCAGAAACGUACACAACAGUGCUAAGGGACGUAGUAACUCAUCCCCGGGCUGUUGGUGAUGUGUGAGAGGCGGGUUUUAGCCUGACUGGGGCCUGCGGUACCGCCACGUCAGUGAGAACGUACUGUGGCGAAUGAAUGAGGGAGGGGACCCUGGUUUCUGUGGCAGCGGCGUGGAGAAUCGGAAAGGCGGGACUAUUGUCAAGGCAGUCCCCUGUGGGGCCCAGCCCCGUUCCCCUUGUCUACCAACUCCAUGUGGCUGCCGGCACCUUUGAUGCUGCGUGUUUAAAUAUGAGCGUGCAGCAACCGGACAGGGAAAUGCGCGGCUAUUUAACUGUGGCUGAAGAGAUUUAUCGCAGAACUGAACCGGAAAACGAUUCCCCCACCAAACUUCGGGCCUACUCACUGUGUCGGCGUUGAGACGGUUAGAAAGAUUGGUAAACUAUCAUGAAAAUUCUACUUGGCGUUUAGUAAAAUCCGUUUCCGUUUAACAACCCCUCCCCCCCCCCGAAAAAAAUACAAAUAUUUUGUUUGUUGUAAACCAAACGCUAAUAACUCAAUCGUUGAACGGAAGGUAUUCCGUUGGGCUCGAGCUCCGUUUGAAUCGAAUCGAACGCGGGGCAGUUAACGCUGGGCGGCACGCGCGGCUCCGGCCGUUUGGGGAAGGCGAUGGAUCGAGACCAGGACCCGGAGCUGGCCUUGGCCGCCCACCGGGAGCAGCUGGAGCGGUCGGGCCAGGCUCACUUGCUCCGCUUCUGGGACGAGCUGGACCAGGCCGAGCGGGCCGAGCUGCUGGGCGACCUGAACGGCUGCUACUUCCCCGAGAUCAUGAGCUUCUUCAACCGGGCCGUGUCGGCUCCGGUGCCGAUCCAGCAGCAGAUGGACGAGCAGAUGGAGCCGGUGCCCAGGGAAGUGCAGGGCAGCGUCUCCAGAGACUGGGAGAGACUGCCCGAGUGGAAGGCAGAAGGUCUUCUUCAAAUCUCUAAGAACAAAGUAGCGGUUUUACUUUUAGCUGGUGGACAGGGAACACGUCUUGGAGUGACCUAUCCUAAAGGAAUGUACAAUGUCGGUUUGCUAUCAAGGAAAACGCUCUUUCAGAUUCAAGCUGAACGUAUUCUGAAACUUCAGCAUUUGGCAUCAGAGCAGUUUGGGCACAAAUGCACUAUUCCAUGGUAUAUCAUGACUAGUAGUCGGACAAUGGAAUCUACAAAAGAAUUUUUCAAUCUGAAUGGCUACUUUGGUUUACAGGAAGAAAAUGUCAUAUUUUUCCAACAGGGAAUGUUGCCAGCUAUGACUUUUGAUGGGAAAGCUAUCCUGGAAGGAAAAAGCAAAAUUUCACUGGCACCAGAUGGGAAUGGAGGCCUUUAUCGAGCACUUCGAAAUCAGAAGAUUGUGGAGGAUGUGGAAAAGCGAGGCAUUGGUUUUAUUCAUGUGUACUGUGUGGACAAUAUUCUUGUUAAAGUUGCUGAUCCAACCUUCAUUGGUUUCUGUGUUAAGCAGCAAGCUGAUUGUGGAGCCAAGGUAGUAGAAAAGACAAAUCCAACUGAGGCUGUUGGUGUUGUAUGUAAAGUAAAUGGCCUGUAUCAAGUUGUGGAAUACAGUGAAAUCACCCUAGUUACUGCACAGAAAAGGAAUCCAGAUGGACGUCUAACAUUCAACGCAGGGAACAUAUGCAAUCAUUUCUUUACACUGCAGUUCUUAAAGAACAUUGUUAAAGACUAUGAGCCUAAAUUGCAACACCAUGUUGCCUGGAAGAAAAUUCCUUAUGUUGAUGAAAAUGGUCAGCAAAUCAAACCAGACAGCCCUAAUGGAAUCAAGUUGGAGAAAUUUGUAUUUGACAUCUUUCAGUUUUCAAAGAAAUUUGUAGUGUUUGAAGUCUUGCGAGAAGAUGAAUUUUCUCCACUGAAGAAUGCAGAUAGUCAGAAUGGGAAAGACACACCCACAACAGCACGCCAUGCUCUGAUGUCCCUGCACCAUCGAUGGGUACUAAACGCGGGUGGACACUUUGUUGAUGAAAAUGGAACGAGGAUUCCAGCAAUUCCCAGUUCGACAACUGGAAUGUCAGAAGCGAUCAAUAACAAUCUACAGGAGUUAGCCGAUGUUCCAAUCAAAUGUGAAAUUUCUCCAGUUGUCUCUUACUCUGGAGAGGAUCUGGAUAAAUAUGUUGCAGGACGUGAGUUCCGGCCUCCGCUGAUUAUAGAUGAGAAUGGGGUCCAAGAAUUGACUGCAAAUGGGCUCUAAAAUGAAAAAUGCAGCAGAAUGAGAAUCCUUUUAGAAGACCAUCUUUUUACAGCAAUUAAGCUGUGCAACAACAUGCAUUUAGGACCAUUUGUACAUUGUUCAACAGUUAUACCCAAACUUGUUUUAAAUUAUAAUUUAAAAAUUUCUUUCAAAGAAAAUAUUUUUAAACUAUUUUACAGUUUUAGUAUUUAAAUCAUUAUUUGCAUUAUUAUAGAAGCUGGUUUAUUUUUUCAGUGGAAUAGGUUUUGUUCACUGGGUAUGGUUGAAUUUUUAUAGAUCUAAAUGUUAAUAUAUCACAUUAAAAUAAUUGAACAUCAUGUUAGGUGAUAAUGCAGUCAAAUUUUUUUAAACCCAGCCUGUAUAAUAAUUAAAAUAUCAUGUUCAAUGAUCGGUCAAAUUAACUGCUUUAAUUUGUGGUGAAGGCCUUCAUAACUUACAGUAACAGAUGUUAUGGGUCUUAUACUUGUGAUUAAUAAUGAAUAUGUCACUGCAUUUUAUAUAUAUAUUUAUAUAUGGCCUCUUGUUCUAUGAAGGGCUUCAAUUGGUACUAGGGUAUUUAUUACUUAAAACUGAGCCUUUAAAGAAUAAUCUCCACAGAAUAGUCUUGGUCUGCUACAGUUACAGUACCCUCUCAAAGGCUGAAUUUGCAUUUAGCUUGCAACCUAAUUUUGUUAUGCCUGUUCCACGUUAUGCAGAAUCUCCUUCAGCUACCCAGGACCAAUAGCCUGGUUUGUAACAAAUUAAGCUUCUCUACUGCCGUAGAGAAAUCAUUAACUUCCUUCAGAAAAAAAGAAUACUUUUGAAAUCUGACUUAGCUGAAUUUUAAGUGGUUUUAGAAACCUCCCUUGAACUGCUCAGCCUGUUCUAGACUCUAAAGGAAUGCCUGACAAAUGUCUCUGAAUUCCUGUUGCUUUGAUUAUGAAAAUGCUUUAAUUUUUUUCUAUAUUGGUAUUGAUGAUACCUUAUACUAUAAAUUGCAUCUUGUGAAUGUUCAAUAAUGAAAAAGGUGUCUUGCCAAAGAACUUCAGAAUUUGGUUCUUGCACAUAAGCAAAUUGAGCUACAUAGCUCAUUCUUUGUCAGCCACUUUUUAUAGUGAAUGAUUAUUUUGACAGCCAAAUAAAAUCUUAUCUAAUUUUGUUUGCUGCUUAAUUUUUUAUAUGGAUGUUAAGUCAAUGUCUCC